AUGGAUUUCGGACUGAUCGGCUACCUCCGACACGGUGGCCCCGAUCAGAAAUGGUAUAACUGCUCGGCGAAAACGGAUGAAGGAUGGUAUGCAACAGGUGAUCUAAUCAUGAUUUCGAUGAGCUCCACGAUCAGCGGCUACUUCUUUUGGCACGGAGCGGUAUACUGUAACUACCCACGUUUUAUCUACCUCACCGGGGCCGCCGGAUUAGCGGUCUGGACGUCAUCAUGCCUCUACUGUAUGACCCUAGCAACCAGUCGACUAGCCGAAAUUGCGGGUGCCGUUCGAGUGUCACGAUUGCUAUGCAGGAGGAAUUGCUUCUGGAUAUGCCUCUUUGCCCUAACUGUCGGCAUUAUUUUCGGCGUCUUCACCCCGGCUCCUCUCUUCAAUUCACCGAUGGGGGCAUGGUUUUUCAGUCCGUUUAAUGAGAGCGGGAGAUUGCUGUACAUCCAAGCCUUUAUCAUCUGUACAACUCACGUGGGUGCUGCUUGGGGCUAUUUAUUGAUGAAUUAUAUUCCCGGAUUUCCGCCGUCAUUAGUAUUGUGUGGACAUAUCGCUUGGCAGUGGAGUCAUGGCGUCCCCGGCCUUGUCUAUUUCUUCCUCAACCGAACGAUCCGACGCUCGGUCUGCGAGAUCUUUGGUAUAAAUCCGAAAAUCGGCGUCUACUCGAUCACGGAAUCACAUCGGCGUCGCGCGUCACACCUUGAUUCCCAUACCCAUUCCACCGAGAAACCGAAUAAAUUA